GUGUUUUUCAAAAUUGAAUCACCUGUCAUCUGUCAGUUCGUCGAACCCUCCAUUCGUGACAAAGUCAAGCAAAUCUCCCGAUGUAGGAUUCAAUCCAAAAAUAUCAUUAUCCAUCCCCAUUACGGCUAAAAGCGCAGCGAUAAGAAUAGUUGAAUGCACUCACCAUGUCGUACGUGAACAAAAAAACCAGGGUGUUCAGACAACUACCUGAAGACGCAGAAGUUAUCCACGUGAGAUCGGAAGGCCGCAUGAAGGAUUAUCCUUCAGCUACUGACGCGAGAGCUUGGAGUGAUAAUGUCGAGGAAAGACGCCAGCAUAUUUUGGAAUACCAGGCGAAAAACAAGGGCCCAUGUUUGGAGAAGAUCAUCCCUCUCGACGUGCUCAUCAACGCCAUAGUUGCCAACAAAAACAUGCAGAUCCGGAAGCUGGAGAAACGGAUAGCGUACUUGGAAAGAUUGUUGGAUAUUUAUUCACAGCUCGAUUUGACGGAGGAUCAGAAGAAGCAAUUCGAUGAAUUGAAAAAUCAAUUGGAAAAAGCUCAAGCCGAAUUGGAUUCUUUGAGGAGCGACAAAGACGAAUUAGAAACCAUCUACGAGAGAAGAAAAAGAAAGGGCGAAGAACAUCCUACAAGUAAACCCAAGAAAAUUGGAAAGAAAGAUUCCAGGAAGCCGUCGAAGCAGAAGGAAGAGGAGGAACCCGAAGAAAAACGCAUUCAGCGAAAGAAAAAAAUCAGAACUCCUGCCAAAGAAAUACCACCAUCUUCAGGUGAAGAAGAGGUUCCAGCAGCAAAAAGAUACAGGGGAAAAAGAUCUUCGUCAGAGCCUAAAACGAAUCAGUAA